AUGGGGUCAAAAAUCACGGAUAAGAAGCGCAAAUCGAGGGAUUCGGAGUCUGAGUCUGACGAUGAGCUCGCCAAUGGCCUCUUUGACGGUAUUUUGUCCCAAAGCGAGGACGAGGAAGAUUACCUCCCAUCCGACGACGAUGACGAUGUCGAGGAUAGUGAAAACGAGGGCACUGGGGCGAGCGAGGAUGACGACGACGACGACGACGACGACGACAUACUAAGCGAUGAUAUACCCUCGGAUGUGGAUAGCGAGGAGGCGAUCAACAGGCUCGUCAAACAACAGGAGGAACUUGAAAUCACGGAACCGGGCGUCGACCCGAAGCGGGAAGAGGAUGAUGGCGCAGACAGGAAUUACAGGAUUGAAAAGGACGCUAAUGGAGGGGAGAGAUAUGUCUACGACGAGAUUGAUCCCGUCUACGACUCCGACGAUUCCGACGCGAAGGGCCCGGUCAACACGAUAGGCGACAUUCCUCUAAGUUUCUACGACAGCUAUCCCCAUAUCGGAUACGACAUCAAUGGCAAGAAGAUCAUGCGGCCGGCGACCGGCGAUGCACUUCAGAGUCUCCUAGACAGCAUUGAAGUGCCAAAGGGGUGGACAGGAUUGACCGAUGUGGAUACCGGUAACCCUCUCAACCUCACUCAAGAUGAGCUGGAGCUCGUCCGUCGAGUCCAGAUGGGCCUUCUUCCAACUGAUCUCCAGGAUCCGUACCCCGAUACAGUGGAGUACUUCACAUCCAUCGAGGAGAAAAUGCCCCUCAGUAGUGCCCCGGAGCCCAAGCGGCGUUUCCUCCCUUCCAAGAACGAAGCCAAGCAAAUCAUGAAAUUGGUUCGCGCUAUUCGCGAAGGGAGAAUCCUACCGUAUAAGCCGCCUGAGGAGCGUGAACGGGAAGAGGAGGAACAAGAGGAAGUGCAUUUUGACCUCUGGCAAAACGAGGAGCCCCAGGCCCCCAAUCCGAUGCAUAUCCCUGCGCCGAAGCUGGCGCCUCCCGGCUACGACUUGAGUUACAAUCCGCCAGAGGAGUACCUGCCGUCGAAGGAAGAGCGAGAAGAAUGGGAGAAUGCGGAUCCCGAGGACCGAGAAAAGGAAUACCUUCCCCAAAAGCACAAUGCCUUGCGGAAAGUGCCUGCCUGGGGUAACUUGGUCAAGGAGCGGUUUGAGCGGUGCAUGGACCUUUAUCUGGCGCCUCGUAUCCGGAAGAACAGGCUCAACAUUGACCCUAAUUCGCUUCUCCCCAAACUACCUUCUCCUUCCGAGCUCAAGCCUUUCCCCACUGUUGCUCAGACUAUCUUCCGUGGCCAUGAGGGUAGAGUAAGAAGUGUUUCGGUCGACCCGACCGGCGUGGCGCUCGCGACCGGAGGCGACGACGGGACCGUGAGGGUGUGGGAACUACUAACAGGCCGGCAAGUGUGGUCCGUAAAACUGAAUAGCGAAGAACCAGUCAACGCGGUCCGGUGGAGGCCGACCAAGGAUGCCUUUGUCUUGGCUGCAGCGGCUGGCGAAGAUAUCUUCCUAAUGGUCCCAACACACGCCAGCGUCACUCCGGCUCUCGACCAAGCCAGUAGGGAUAUUUUGGCGACAGGCUUCGGUUACGCCACAAACGGGCAGCAGCCGGCGGCCCCAGUUAGCAAGGAGCCAGCAGCGAAGUGGGCCCGGCCGGGCACGAAGCUCGAGGAUGAGGGAGUCUUGAUCAGGAUUACCGUACGGUCAACCGUGAAGGUCAUUAACUGGCACAGGAGAGGUGACCAUUUUGCCACCGUCUCGCCCACCGGUCAGCGCAGCUCAGUAGCCAUUCACACGCUCUCGAAACACCUCACACAAAUACCAUUCCGGAAACUAUCUGGCCUCGCCCAGACGGCUGCUUUCCACCCUCUCAGGCCGCUGUUCUUCGUGGCUACCCAGAGGACAAUCCGAUGCUAUGAUCUCCAAAAGCUGGAACUCGUCAAGGUUGUCCAGCCUGGCGCGAAGUGGAUCUCGUCAUUCGACAUCCAUCCCGGUGGAGACAACUUAAUUGUGGGCAGCUAUGACAAGCGUCUCCUCUGGCAUGACCUCGAUUUGUCCAACAGGCCGUAUAAGACGAUGAGAUUCCAUGGCCAAGCCAUUCGGCAGGUCCGGUACCACAGAGGCGGGCUUCCACUUUUCGCCGAUGCCAGUGACGACGGCUCCCUGCAGAUCUUCCACGGGAAGGUUCCGAACGACCAGUUAGAAAACCCGACCAUCGUCCCGGUGAAGAUGCUCAAGGGGCACAAGGUUGUGAGCAAGCUUGGUGUGCUAGAUAUCGAUUGGCACCCUCGGGAACCGUGGUGCGUCAGUGCCGGUGCAGACGGGACCGCUCGGCUAUGGAUGUAA